AUGGUCGGGCCAAUGGAGUCCAGCGAUCUUAUAUCACCUGGUGUCAUCCGAUUCACUAGUAGCACUCCUCAAUCAACAUUUGUCAAAUACGUAAGCGAUACCAAAGACGCUACCAAAGAGGAUAUGGUUACCAUUGAAUACAUGGGAAGUUAUUCUCUCGAUCAGUCCGGCCGAUAUGUGAUCAGAGAUAGAAAAAGAAGGCCCGUGGCUAUGCUCAGCAAAGAAUAUAGCGAAGCGUAUGGUGGGAGCGCGAUGAAAGUCCUAACUAAGCACGAUUACGUGGUGGAUUACGAUGCCUUUGACGAAGCUCUUCGUUUAGCUCGGCAAGACGAUGCACCCAGAAAAGAGGCUAUACAGUGGACCGAAGAAAUCAAACAGAAACGCAAGGAGAGAGCUGCAGUCGAAACAGGAGCCGCAGUGGAAACAGGAGCUGCAGCCGAAACAGGAACUGCAGCCGAAACAGGAACUGCAGCCGAAACAGGAACUGCAGCCGAAACAGGUCCAAAGGAGGACUAUGUCCUUUGCCACAGUCAACCUGGCUGUGACUUUAUUGGGGCAACCAUGUGUCAGCAUUUCAACAGCAGAGUAUGCAAUGUCUGUAUAGAUGAUAAUUGCUAUGAUCAAUUGCUGCCAGAUGGAUGCUAA